UCCGGUUCCGGCUAAUAGUCAAACCAGACUCAAUCCAAUCCACAUGGUAGCGACCUUGGAGGAAUUUAUAUAUUGCAUGGUUGUGCGACAGUAAACAUAGAUCCGAUACAAAAUGUCCCGCUUUUUCUCUCGAUUAGGAGCACUUGGUGUGGCUGUUGCAGGUGUUGGCAGUGUUGUAAACCUUGCACUUUACAAUGUUGAUGGUGGACAUCGGGCUGUGCUUUUUGACAGAUUUAGAGGAGUUCAAGAUACCGUUUCUGGAGAGGGAACUCAUUUUCUUGUUCCCUGGGUUCAAAGACCAAUAAUAUUUGAUUGCAGGUCCCGUCCCCGAAAUGUUUCAGUGGUCACUGGUAGUAAAGAUUUACAGAAUGUCAACAUCACAUUGCGUAUUUUGUUCAGACCAAUGGUUAAUGAGCUGCCAAAAAUCUAUACAAACCUUGGUCUAGAUUAUGAUGAUAGAGUUCUCCCAUCCAUUACAAAUGAAGUUUUAAAAGCAGUAGUGGCACAGUUUGAUGCCAGUGAAAUGAUCACACAGAGAGAAAUCGUUUCUCAGAAAGUCAGUGAAGAACUAAUUUCACGAGCUUCACAGUUUGGUAUUAUUCUUGAUGAUAUAUCGUUGACACAUUUAACGUUUGGAAGGGAAUUCACACUUGCAGUAGAAAUGAAGCAGGUGGCCCAGCAAGAUGCAGAAAGAGCUAGAUACUCUGUAGAAAAGGCAGAGAUGAUGAAGAGAGCAGCUGUCAUUACAGCGGAGGGUGAUGCAGAAGGUGCCAAACUGCUGGCCGAAGCCUUCAAAAACUUUGGCGAUGGUAUUGUCGAACUGCGAAAGAUGGAGGCUGCUGAGGAAAUUGUCAGUGACUUGGGAAGGUCACGAAAUAUAACAUAUUUACCAUCAGGACAGCAGACAUUGUUAGCACUACCACAGUAAAACGAGAUUACAAAAGGGAAAUCUGGUUUUAUGAUUGUGAUAGGCCAAUUAAAAAAUGAGUGAGAUGAGUAAAGGUGUAUUUGUAGAGCAGUGUGUUCCUGUGACUUUUUACAUGUGUAGACACAUAGAAUUGUGUUUACAUGUGUAGACACAUAGAAUUGUGUUUACAUGUGUAGACACAUAGAAUUGUGUUUACAUGUGUAGACACAUAGAAUUGUGUUUACAUGUGUAGACACAUAGAAUUGUGUUUACAUGUGUAGACACAUAGAAUUGUGUUUACGUGUAUACUUUCAUUCACAAAAAUGCACAUACUGGAAUAUUUAUAACAGUAUGUGUCAUUCAAUGACUGUGAACUGUUCCAAAGCACAGUAGAUUUCCAUUCAACUAUUAACGUGAUGUAUCAUGAACAGUGAUGUACUAUAUUUGUGAGAAUAAAAUUAGAUAGUCGC